UCUUUGACUACUACUCCUCCCGUCGUGCUCUGCUCCUCCUCCGUUCCGCGCCGGCCGCCUCUAAACCCUAACCCUAGGGUCAGGGGGUUCCGAGAGAGAGAGAGGGUUUGGAGCUACGGCGGCGGCGGCCAUGGCGGCAAGGAAGGAGCUCUCGAGCACUCUCAGGAACCUCAAGUUUAUGCAGCGCGCGGCGGUCGCGCAGAAGAUCGAGGACAAAACCGAGGUGGAUGUUGAGGUGGAGGCGGAGGUGCUGACGCCGGCGGCGAACGGAGGGUUUGGCUCAUCGGCUCGAGUCGCCAGGAAGUGUGUAGUUGUCAUGGAGGGUAAUCCACACCCAGGAGCUGUGAAGGGUCGAAUGUCAUUCCAAAAUUUCAAUCCAUCUAUUGAUAAACUAAAUGAAGAGGCAAGUGGACACCAAACGCAAUCAGCUUCACCUAGUAAUUCUCAAGAAGACGGUGCAAAUCCCAGCAGAACAGAUGAUGUAUCAGCAUCAAGAUUUAGAGGCUUCAAUGUCGAUAGUUCAGAAAGCAUAUCUCUGAAUGACCUUAAGAGAAAAGAGCCCGAGCUUGAGAUGGAAACACCACGAUCUCAAAAGCUGCCCAAGACCACUGGCCAGAAUGUCGAUGGUGAAUCGUCUUCCCAAAGCAAUGGCCGUGGGUCCCGCAAGUCGAACAAACACGAGAAGCUUGAUUGGAAUCUUCUCAGACGUCGGAAGUCAAAAUGAGCUUCAAGUUAGCGUUAGCCAAGACUCGCUCCUGUACUCCAUCUUGUACUCUGUAUCUGACCAGCUUUUGUGCGCUGUCUCCUAAAUUAUUAUCUACAGUAGCAGGUAGCCUGGUUAAUCCUGCAGUGCUAUAGCUGUUGUUAACUUCAUGAGAAGCGUAGUGCCGCAUAGCAUAUUUUAGUUGGGGAGAUUCUAUGUUGGACAAUUUCUCUCUCGGUUUUGAUGUUGGUUUACACCUUUACUUUGCUGUAAGAUGUAAGACUCUGUAACACAGCCGUGUGUAUUACAGUUUUGGGAAUGUGUUUCUGGUAUACUGGUGCAAUUAUUUUA